GGUUGACCACCCGCGGUGUAUAGUAGGCCUACAAGAUUAUCUUCAGUGGCCUAUUUCCUCUACAAAGCCUAUUACUGCUGGGUGAUUUUGCGCCUACUUUACGCAGGGAACCUGGGCUGGCUGGUCGCACCGCGUUGCGUCGAACGACUGAAUUAUUUAUGAAGCAAUGUAGUUUCUAAUAAUAGCAGUAAUCUCCGUGUAGCCCACACACUAUUCGAAUGGCAGGGAAGCGUUAUAGGGCGGUAUAUUGCACGCUUCAGUCUGAGCGCUUACAUUUUUGUAUUAGUUGACUAGAGAAAAUUCUCACUGACAAUUGCUAUUUGUAAAACACAUUUGUGCCACGGGCUAUGUUUUUUUUAUGGCAUCAAAGAUACGUUUGACACUGAUGAAUAGUUUUUCUGUAGAUAAACGAUUUUUGUUCUCCAUUAGUGCAGGUAACACCAAACUGAGCUAGGUUGCACUGCACCUGCGCUUUUCAUCCAACAAAACUAUCUUGGAGACGAGAUGACCGAUGGUCCUAGGCUGCGGGGCAAUGCAUCGGCAGAUGGGGAUACGCUUUCCUCCGAAUCCACUGAAGAGGACUCAGGAAGAGUGGCCCUGAAGAAGGAGAUUGGCCUUGUCAGCGCAUGUGGAAUUAUUGUGGGUAACAUCAUCGGUUCAGGGAUCUUUGUGAGCCCAAAGGGCGUUCUGGAGAAUGCGAGCUCUGUGGGGCUGGCUCUCAUCGUGUGGAUUGUCACUGGAGUGAUCACAGCCAUUGGCGCACUCUGCUAUGCAGAGCUGGGCGUUACCAUCCCCAAGUCUGGAGGAGACUACUCGUACGUCAAGGACAUAUUUGGAGGACUUGCCGGGUUCCUGCGUCUGUGGAUUGCGGUAUUGGUGAUCUACCCCACCAACCAGGCGGUCAUCGCCCUCACCUUCUCCAACUACAUCCUGCAGCCCCUAUUUCCCUCCUGCGUCCCCCCAGAGAAUGGCCUCCGCCUGCUGGCUGCUGUCUGUCUAUUGUUGCUGACGUGGGUGAACUGCUCCAGUGUGCGCUGGGCCACUCGUGUUCAGGAUGUCUUCACUACUGGGAAGCUGCUAGCCCUGGGUCUUAUCAUCAUCAUGGGCUUUGUGCAGAUCUGCAAAGGGGAGUAUUACUGGCUGGAGCCAGCGCAUGCAUUCGAGACGUUCCAGCCCUAUGACAUUGGCCAGAUAGCCCUGUCCUUCCUGCAAGGCUCCUUUGCCUACGGGGGAUGGAACUUCCUCAACUAUGUCACAGAGGAGCUUGUCGACCCCUACAAGAACCUUCCUCGGGCCAUCUUCAUCUCCAUCCCUCUGGUGACUUUUGUUUAUGUGUUCGCCAACAUCGCCUAUGUCACCGCCAUGAGUCCUCAGGAGCUGCUGGCCUCCAAUGCCGUUGCUGUGACAUUUGGUGAGAAGUUACUUGGAGUGAUGUCAUGGAUCAUGCCCAUCUCUGUCGCUCUUUCUACCUUUGGGGGGGUCAAUGGCUCCCUCUUCACGUCGUCAAGGCUAUUUUUUGCUGGAGCAAGGGAAGGCCAUCUCCCCCGGCUACUGGCAAUGAUUCAUGUGAAACGCUGUACCCCAAUCCCAGCCCUACUAUUCACUUGUAUUUCCACCCUACUGAUGCUGUGCACCAGUGACAUGUAUACCCUCAUCAACUAUGUGGGCUUCAUAAACUACCUCUUCUAUGGGGUCACCGUCGCUGGGCAGAUUGUGCUGCGCAUCAAACAGCCAGACCUAUAUCGGCCUAUCAAGGUGAGCCUGGUGUGGCCAGUGAUCUACCUGUUGUUCUGGGCCUUCCUGCUCAUCUUCUCGCUGUACUCUGAGCCUGUGGUGUGUGGCCUCGGCAUGGCUAUCAUGCUGACUGGAGUCCCUGUCUACUUCCUGGGGGUCUACUGGGACAACAAGCCCCAAUGCUUCAACACCUUCAUCGGUAAGAUGACCCACGUGUGCCAAAAGUUCUGUGUGGUGGUGUACCCAGACAUGGGCGAAAGCAGAAAUGUAGGAAACCAGGGAACGGCAUAGGGACAGAAAGAAGAACUGGGGAAUGUGUUCAACCCAUCUGAAUGAACAUUGGCACAGACAGUCACACUCUUAAAAGGGUGUCGAGAGAGACUGGGAGACAUCAAAAGAUGGACAGAUGCACUCAAGGAGAUAUGCUACAGCACUUGGUUUUCUCUCUUAAAUGUUGACUGGCCUUAAGACUUUACACAUCUGCCUCAAUGCAAUACUACUGCCCAUUCCCAUGAGUCUGAGCUGCAAUAUCAAUAUAUUGGACAGAUGAGUAAUGUUGAUGUUCAGAUGUAAAGAUAAUUUUCUGUAGGAUCUGUUUUGGGAAAUGUUGUACUGUAUUGUCUUUUAUUUAGAUUUUGGUAUUGGUUUAAUAUCUGUUUUGGUUGUGGCAAAGUUUAAUAGUGUUCUUAAUGUAUAGUCUUCCACAUAACACUAAACAAACUGUCAUUCCCUAAAUGUUUUUGUUUACUGUGUUUAAUUUAUCACCCCUUUUCAUUGUUUUAUGUAAUUGUUGUACAUGAGUGUAAUGUCUUCUGUAAACGGCUCUUCAACGUACUAUAGAGGGUAGGUGUAUGGUGUAUUCCUGAACGACCAGAUCCUUUUACGUGAUAAAGCCACUUUAAAGUCACGUUAUAUCACUCUCUCACAACUUGUUGAUGUUCAAGAUUAGAUUUUUAAUUCUUGCUAAAGAACUAGCAUGACCAUACACUGAAUGUAGCAAUAAUUAUGUAAACAAAUGAUUAAUAAUCAUAGAAAUUCUGCAUAUAUAAUUUACAAUAUGUUUUGCUCAAGGGCACACUUCUGUAUGGUUGUCAAUAAUAAUGCAACGUACUCCUAUAAUGCCAGUCACAGGUCUUUUUUUUUGGUGAUACACAUCUUGCAUUGACUGAAAUGUUUUACUGUGCUGCUCAGCAUGGAAUCACUAAUUCCUUACACUUUCAAGUUUCAUUAACAUCUUAUAUUCUCAAUAUCAAUACAAACACGCAAUGAAACACACUAACAGUUCUAGUCACCUGAAUGAUAAGAAAUUCCUUACUGAACUGCCACCAUGUUUCUUACAAGCUUUGUUACACUGUUUGUAAAGCUACAACAGGCAAUGAAAAUGAACAGGCAUGCUCCCACUGUCUCCUUGUGGUGCUGGGAAGCCCAAUGCUGGUGGUUUAGUUCCUUCCAUUAAAAUCCUCCCACAAACA